AUGGCUCGAACAGUGGCCGAGAUACACGCCAUGAAAUCUCAAGUGCAUAAAGCAAAAAGUGUCGCGCCUGAGAUCGAUCGAAUGCUCGAAGAGACCCAGAGAACACCGUUCACAUCAAGAAUCACGGAGGCUAGGAUUCCCGAGCCCGGGAAACUGAGAAUCCCAUUCUACGAAGGCACAACUGACUUGAAGGCGCACAUCACAACGUUUCGGAUAACAUUGGGACGAGCCUUCAUAAGGAACGCUGCCAAUCUGACCGAGCGGGAGGUAGAUGCCGGAUAUUGCAUGCUCUUCGUAGAGCAUCUCAAGGGAGCCGCGUUGGAAUGGUUUACAAGACAGGAGCGUAAUUCAAUCGGCAGUUUCCAACAGCUUUCCACUUUGUUCCUCAAGCAGUAUUCGAUGUUCAUGGAUCGAGGAACCUCUAAUGCCGACCUAUGGACACUAUCCCAAGGACCAAACGAACCGCUUCGGGACUACAUGGAAAGGUUCAAGGCAGUCGUGUCCAAAGUAGAAGAAAUAAGCGACAAGGCUGUACUCGAGGCUCUGAAGCGGUCCUUGUGGUACAAAUCUGAAUUCCGACGGGAAAUGCCCCUCAACACGCCACAAAUGAUUCAAGAUGCCUUACAUCGGUCGUCAGACUUCGUCGUAAACGAGGAAGAGAUGAAAAAUUUGGACGAGCAAUACGAAGCGACGAAAGCAGCGAUCCGGAGCUCAAUCCUAACGCGCCCCUCGAAGAAUGGUAACCCAUGA